AGAAAUCUAAUCAAAGGCCAAACUUGUUUCGAAUCCAUUGUUAUCAUGGCUAAUGAUCCGGCAUUCGUACGCGGUGCGGGUGGCGUGUAUCCUCUCAGGAGCUAGUCGAUUGGAUGUCGUCGACGUCAACAUCAAUAAUGUGAUUAGCUUUGGAUUUGGUGUGAACGCUGACCUAGGGAUUUCUUGUCUGACAGCAAGUCAGGAUUCGCAGGGACUGACAAACCAAAUUAUUAAGGGGUUGGGAUGGAUCGUGCUGCUCUCUGACCUCGUUUUCUUGAUCUUCAGUGCAGUAUUCCUUCUUAGAAUUUAUCAGAAUCCUACGCGUCAGAUUGCCUUAGGUUUUAUCAUCAGUGGAUUGGUAGCGUUGUUCCUCUCAAGUAUUUAUGGAAUAAUGUAUGUCGUAGUCUGCGCUCUUCGGGGGAAAGGCAUCGCCCUUUGUCAGCUAUGUUUAACGUUUGUUGAUCUAGGAGUGUGGGUCUACUUUUUAAUGGUGGUUCAUGCCUACAGCAAGAAAAUACGAGCACAAGAUGGGUGAUCUUGACUUCAUGGACUCAACAUGCGCGAU